AUGGCAGCGCCCUUCCGUAAUAAGAGCCCAGCUCGGCUUGGCGACCGCCUUUGUACCAGCCGGAUACAUACCUUUUGUUUUGAACCCGCGCGACCGCACAAUCGCCUCGACAUCGCAUACCCAUCAGACCGACCCACACGCCUAGCAGGCACCUCACACUCUUUACCGACACUGUUUGUUCAUAUCAUCGGUGGCGACAUCGAUACGUGCCGAAGACUUGGCUGCCUUCGAAGACGCAUACUACAAAGGGCCUUCGAUCGACUUUCUUUUGUCAACAGUCCACUCGACGACUUCGACAGUAUCGUCGGCCUUGCUUGCUUGAAGAAGCCGCAUCUCGAGACCUAUCAGCAGCCGUACAAGAUGGCCCGGUCAGGGCCCUCCGUCGGCCUCAGACAGCUCGUACUGAUCUUGCCGCUCUUCCUCGUACUCAUUGCGAGACCUGUGCUCUCAACUGCCAGUCCUCAGCCGGUCCAGCUAUUGGCUCUACAAGAAGAUACCUUUGACCUUGGAAAACGCGAGCCUGGUCUGACGCACUCGUCAGCGCUGAACGGAUCCUUCCGUCUCGAACGUCGUGCGUCACACAAAAAAGUCGCGGCCAAGAAGACGAGCAAGAAGACCAAAAAGGUCGCUAAGAAGACUUCCAGUUCGAAAGCCGUCACGACAGCUAAGAAGAGCAAGGCGACUGCAAAGAAGUCGACGUCUGCCAGGAAAGCUGUCACGACAACAAAGAAAGCUGCUGCAACCAAGAAGGUCGUUACUACCAGCAAGAAAGCGGCAGCAGCAGCCACGACUACUAAGAAAGCCGCCGCAAAAUCGACAGCUGUAGCGAGACCUAGCGCGGUCACGAAGCUUGGCGCUUAUGCUGGUCCGCAAUGGGCAGGCACUUCGACUUAUGUGCAGCAAGGCAAUUCGGGCGUCUCUGCUAUGCAGAUGGCUGUAGUGUCAGAUCGCUACGUUAUCUUCUUCGACAAGGCGGAGCAAAACGCACUCCGCUCCGCUAACGGCAAUCAUGCAUGGUCUUCUCUUCUUGAUCCCCAGACCAGCACGGUCCGCGCUCUCAAUCCAACGACUAAUUCGUUUUGCGCUGGCGGCGGCUGGCUCAGCAAUGGUACACUCGUCAAUAUCGGUGGCAAUCCGCGCGAAGGCGUCACGAACACAAAGAAUGGCCUCAUGGCCCUCCGCAUGUUCACACCCAGGGCUGAUGGCUCGGGCGAUAUAUAUGAGAACCCGUCUCGCAUCCGUCUCACGUCGUAUAGAUGGUAUCCAUCUUCAGCUCGUCUUUCUGAUGGGUCUCUCAUCAUCUGGGGCGGUAUGAUUGCGGGCGGAUUUAACAAUGUCAAAAACACAGACAAUCCUACAAUCGAGUACUUCCCGGCAAAGGGCAACGGGCAACCAAUUUACUCGCCUUUCUUGCACGAUGCACUCAACUCAAACUUGUUCCCUUUCCUCUGGGCUUUGCCAGACAACACGCUCUUCGUGGCAGCUAAUAAGCUUACCAUGAUCUACAACUGGAAAACCAACACUGAGACCCGUUUGCCCACCUUGCCAAUGCGCGUCACCUAUCCCUGGUCGGCUGGCGGAGUCAUGCUUCCUCUGACGCCAGAGAACAACUACACGCCCGAGAUCCUCUUCUGUGGUGGCUCGAAUAUCAAUGAUCGCAUUGCUGCCACCAAGAUGUCUUCGCAGACGCCCGCGGCCAACAUUUGCGCACGUAUGGUACUCAACAAGGCUGGUAUCGCCAAAGGCUGGCAAACAGAGACAAUGCCUGGCCAUCGCACGAUGGGAGACGCAAUCUUGACGCCGGAUGGAUCAGUGCUCUUCAUCAACGGCGCUCAAACCGGGUUGGCUGGUUACGGCAAUGUGGCAAAUCAAGUUGGCCACUCGAACGCCGAUCACCCCGUCCUCACGCCAUGGCUGUACACGCCCAGCGCACCAGCAGGAAGCCGAUUUACAACCGGCUUCGCCUCUUCGACUAUUGCACGCAUGUAUCACUCGACCGCUUCGCUUCUACCUGAUGGACGCAUCAUUAUCGCAGGCAGCAACCCAAAUCCUGAUGUGACGACAGCCAAGUACGCCACCACAUACAAAAUUGAAUAUUUCAGUCCGCCAUACAUGUUUCAGACACGACCGACCUACACCAAUUAUCCUUCAAACAUCCUCUAUGCCUCCAACUUCACGCUCACUGGCGUUACGCUGCCUGCCAACACCAAGUCCGUCACAGUGACGUUGAUCGACCUCGCUUUCCAUACGCAUGCCAACGCCAUGGACUCGCGUAUGGUCACUCUCGUCUGCUCAGUCGAUUCCACUGGUACAAUCAUCUCCGCUACAGGACCACCAAAUGGCUACAUCUUCCCUCCUGGCUAUGGAUGGGUCUAUGUUGUCGCUGACGGCGUGCCUUCACGCGGACAUCGCAUCAUGAUUGGCGAUGGCUCGAAUCCACCAGAGAGUGCCAAGGCCACCGCCGGCGCACUCGCAUUCGGCGGUUACAGCUAUUCCAACUCAAAGGCUGUCGGCUCCGUGACGCCUCAAAACGGUGGCUGA